AUGGUGGAGGUGUCUGGUGAGCCCAUGGAGAUGAGGGCCGGAUUAGUGAAGGACAGUCUGGUCAUCCUCUGGGACAUCACCAACCUCCAAGAGUUGUGGAUCGACACAGCCAGACGCAACGCAGAAUUCCAGGAAAUCGAUUUCAGCACCUAUGCUGAUAUUGAUAUUAAGGUCAGGGCUCUAGGCUCAGCCUUGAUCGAAAAAGGGCUGGUAGUCGAGACCGACAAGGAGGAAUGGAUGGUCACUGAUCUCGCCUGCGUCCUCUACGGGUUCACAAGUGUACCCCUCUACGACACCUUAAGCCUUGACAGCAUCCCUUACAUCCUCGACCAAAGCGCCAGCGUUACCAUAUGCUGCGGAAAGGCAGAGGCGAAAAGACUGACCCAGCAUGACAUUGUCAAUGCCCUCAAAGACAGGGGGCUGAACAUUUUCGAGUAUGCUGAGUUGCUGGAAAUCGGGAGGAAGGCGAGCAAGCCCUGUCCGAAGCUGGAACCUGAACAUCCUUUCACGAUCAGCUAUACGAGUGGGACCACCGGCAACCCGAAAGGAGUGGUACUGACCCAUCGCAGCAUGCUGGCUGCGGUCGCCUCAUUCCACAAUAUCGAGGGGCUGAACAUCUCAGAAAAAGACAGGACAUUCAGCUACCUGCCUCUUCCCCACAUCUUCGAGCGAGGCGUCUCGUACGUCAUGCUGUUCCGAGGCGCGAAUAGUGUGUUCUCCACCGGCGAUAAGGACAAAAUCCUGGACGAACUGAAAUUCGUACAGCCCACCAUCUUCGUGUCAGUGCCAAGGAUCUUCAACCGGAUUUAUGCGAAAGUGUUGGGGGAGAUUGAAAGCUCGGAGGGGAUCAAGAAGGCCAUUGCGACAUCAGCGCUGGAGUCGAAGGAGAAGAACCUGAUGGAGAAGAGCCAGUUCACCAGUACUUUUUAUGACGCUAUUGUGUUUUCGAAGGUGCAGGAGAAAUUGGGUGGGAAAGUUAGGAUUGCGGUGACCGCCUCUGCCCCGAUUGAGGGGAAGGUCCUCAAUUUCCUGAGAAUAGCACUCGCCUGCCCCGUGAUCUAAGCCUACGGACAGACCGAAAGCAUGGGCUGCUUCUUCUGUACCAGCGUAGGCUAAUCCAAAACCGGCCAUGUCGGUGGCCCCAACCGAUCAGUCGAGUUCAAGCUCGUCGACAUUCCCUAGAUGGAUUACACCUCCAAGGACAUCCUCGACUAAAAACGAUGCCCACGAGGAUAGAUCUGCGUCAGAGGGCCAGGCCUGUUCAAAGAGUACUAUAAGCAGCCAGAAAUGACCAAGGAGGCGCUUGACAAGGACGGCUGGCUUCACACGGGGGACGUGGGGAUGAUCGUGCCAGGCAACAACGCCCUGAAAAUCAUUGACCGCAAGAAAAACAUCUUCAAGCUGGCACAGGGCGAGUACGUCGCCCCUGAAAAGAUCGAAAACUUUUAUCUCUCUGUGACGGGCAUCCAGGAGGCUUGGCUGCACGGCGACUCCCUUGAGAACUAUUGUGUGGGGUUCUUUAUCAGUGACGAUGCAAAUAUCAAGUUGCUGGAGGAGAAGGUUGGGGUUAGUGGCGCCCCUGACGAUCUCAGGAAAAGCAAGGCUUUCAAGACUGCCUUACUGAAGUACAUGAAUGAUGUGGCCAAGAAGCAAGGCAAAAACAGCUAUGAACUGGCCAAGAACUGCAUGAUUUACAAGGACUCCUUCGCGACCCAGGACCUUCUGACCAACACCUUCAAGAUGAUGCGGCACAAGGCCCGACAGACCUUCAAACCCGAAAUCGAAGCCAUGUACAAGGAAGGCGAGCUCAAAUGA